AUGGUACUGAUGAUUUAUGCGAGCCCGACGGCACGCAAGACUGCCCAGGCAGAUGACCUCCUCGACUCUUCGACUACGUCUGCUACAGACUCCGAGGGUGCGGCCUGUCCUCACAGCUUCUACGUCCGCAACACGUUCAUCGAGUGCUGUGAGAGCGAUGGUGAGGUGGGCUCGGCUCGGUGCCGUGCUUCUUCCGCACCGGCAGAACGGAGCCGCCAAAAUGGCGCCAUGGGCACGGCGGGCGAUGCCUUCGAGGCUCAGCAGAAGCUCGAGGCGGCCUUCCAGGAGGCACAAGAGUUGAAGGAUCUCAUCAGAGAGGCCGAUGCCGAACGCGAGACGUUGCAUGAUCAGCUGAAGCAAAUGAAGCAUGGGUCAUACAACUUCCACCUGCCUGAAGGGGUUGAUGAGAUGCUCGGCACAGUCACAGAGUUGACACAGAAACUGGAUGCAGCCAGCAUGGACUUGCAGUCAGCCCGCGACUACUACAAUCAUGUGAAGCUGCGCAUCGGACUAAAGAAGGAGUGUCUGCGCGAGGAGAUCAACGAGAAGGCAGAGCAGCGAGAUCGCUUGAAGGCAGAAUGCCUGGAAGUCAAGGACCAGGUUGACCGCCUGCAGCAUGAGUGCAGCAGGUUGCAUCAGGAACUCCAGGAUUCGAAGGAUGUGCCGACUGACGAAGGCCGAAGGAAGCAUGAGCAGCCACCCGAGCUGAAGGAAGCUGAGGCUACGGGCGCAAGCAGGGAAGCGCUGCGCUUGCAAGCGACGCAAGCUAAGGCGAAAGGAGGGAGAAGGAAGUGCAAGAGAGGCACCGGACACCACCAGCAUGGUAGCAAGGCGAGCGCUGAAGACGAUCUUGGAGGAACCGGUGAAGCUACUAGUAGCCAGCUGCAAGAGAUCCUUUCCUGCCAGCAUCGGCCUCAGCUCGCUGCAGACUCCUCUGGCAUCCCUCGCUUGGACAACUUGAAGCCGGAGCAGUUCGAGCAGCUCCGGCAGAUGGGGGACACCACCUCCGACAUCACUCUCCCAGAUGCCAGUGAGCAAGACGAGAGCAAGCUGCAAGAGCCAGAAAGGCCAAGCCAGUGCACAGCAGGCAUGUUGGAUUUCGCUCGAGGGUGCGAUGAGGGAGAACAGCAUGCGCUGGACAGCCCAAGCCAGCACUCUGCAGGCACAUCACUCAUCACUUGUUUCGAUGCCGGCGAGGAAGGCCAAAGCAAGCUAGAGCUGGACAAGAUAGGCAGGUCAGACAUGUCUAGCUUGGAUGAUUGCAAGCAGGACAAGAUCAAGCAACAAGAGCUGGACAUGUCAAGUUGGGAUGCAGCAGGUGUGUCCGGCAUCUUCGGCACGGAGUCCCUUGAGCUCGUUAAGAGUAGGGGACAAGAGCUGGACGGGCCACAUCAGGAUGCGGUAUGCAUGUCAGGCAGCAGCAAGCAACAAGUGAUGGAUGAGCCUAGCCAGGACAUGGCAGGUCUGUCAGGCACCCAUGGCUGCGCGGAGGAAGCGGAGGAAUCAGGUCCUCCACUUCCGGCCACUGCGGCAUCCAUUGCACUUCAGGGUGACCAAGAGGCCACAAUUCCUGCAGAGGAAGCCUCGGGUUCCAGAGCACACGUGGAAUCCCGGAAAGAUGUGGGGCUCGGCCAGAAGAAGCCGCUUGGCAAGGUGGCCGCAAGUCCAAAGAAGGGCAGCCGCAAGUCCAAAUGCAAAGGUAAAGCUUCUCUGGCUUCGCCAGGCCCGAGCUCGACGGGUCUCGGAGGAACGAAGCGCCAAGGCAAGGCGAAGGCGAAGAAACCCGAGGGAGAGGAUCGGAGCAGCGCUCGCAAGCGCCAGCCCGCUAAGUCGGAAAAAAGCAGUGAAGCUGCUAAGAUCGAGGCAGAGAAAGCAGAUGCUGCGUGGAAUCCGAUGAAGAAGCUUUUCUUGGUGAGCAUCCUGGUCGUGGCUUUGCUGAUGAUUUUUGCGGCAGUGCGCCCUGAGCUGCUCUGA